AUGUCCGACCUCAAACGCACCCAUGAGGCCGACGUCCUCCUCCUCUACGUGAUACUGCUGAAUGCAGAUUCUAGAACCAUCAACUGGUCCGCCGUCGCCGAAGCAACCGGUAUAACCCAGUCCGCCGCCCGGCUGAAAUGGUACCGACUGAAGCAGGAGCUCGACCUGAAGAUCGAAGCGGGUGGGUUUGAUUAUAGGGACAUGCGGGUUGCCGAGGCUCAGAGUGGCAGUGACGGCGAUAAGGACGCAGGGGGAUUCUCGAUGAAGGUCACUACUGCUACCGCUGCUACUACCGCUGCCGAAGAGGACGAACCUCGCUCUGAUGGAAAGCCAAAGGAACAACAACAGUCACAGCUGAAGAGAGAGAGAAAGAAGAAGUCCUCAAAGAUUGUCCAAGAUGCGGAGUCAGUCUUGUUUUCGGAUUCGUCCUCUGCAGGGUCUGAUGGGGACGUUGAUGAGGAUGAUUGGAUUGAUGGGACCCGUGGUGGUCGGAGGAAGAGUUUUGUUUUCUAUGCUGGGGGUCGAGGGGACAAGUUGGGAGAGAUCAAGAGUGAUGGUGGUGUUGAUGUUUCUGAGACCAAGGAGCGAGAGUUGAAGGUUAUGGGGUCUCAGGAGAGGGUGUCGUGCUGGUCGUCGGAUUCGUCGCUGGUGAAGGUCGGGAUAUCGGGUGAUGGCUCGCAGGGGGAGGCUUGUGCUAUCUACUCGGACGAGGAUCAUGGGGGCGAUAUGGAGGUCAAGGGGGGUGAAAAGGCUGGGGAUUUUGCUGCUACUCAGGAGAAUGAUAUUGAUAAGGUGAAGGAGGGGGCUGUGGAGUGA